AUGUCAGUUGCUUUAGCAAUGUGGGACUGGAGACUUCAAAGCAGAGUACGGCCCCAUCGUCACCCUCCAGAUUGGGUCUCGUCCCGCCAUCUUCGUCGGCAGCCACUCCGUCGCCCACCGUGCCCUCAUUCAGAACGGCGCCGUCUUCUCCGACCGUCCCAAGCCCGUCGCCACCAGCAAGAUAUCGCAAAGAACCAUCAGGUCAGAAAGAAGUACACCAUCCAGCUCGGCGAAAACGAGCUUGUCCUCAAGGAGCUGGAUUUGUUGAAUGAAGAUGCGAAUGUGUACAAAUUGAUAGGACCUGUACUCGUGAAGCAGGAUUUAGCAGAGGCCAAUGCGAAUGUCCGCAAGCGAAUUGAUUACAUUUCUGCUGAAUUGAAACGUUUGGAUGCAACUCUACAAGAUCUAGAAGAAAAACAAAAUAGUAAGAAAGAUGCGAUUUUAAAGUUGCAGCAAAGAAUUCAAUCUCUCUGGUCCCUUUUUCUAUCCACUAAACCCACUUUCAUCAUUUCCAUGAUUCCCUUUACUUUACCACCAAACACUUUACACCCACUCUCUCUCCUCACCUCCUCCACUACAUCAGGAGGGUUUGGAGUUAGGAAGAGAUCCAAUUUCAUCGAUCGAAGUUCAGCCGAAAAUGCGGAUGUGGUUGUUCUCGUUAGGGGUAAGCAGCGGAUAUUCCGAUCUAUUCAAGUUGUUCGAAUUGAUCCGAUUCGCCACAUUUUGGAUGAUGCAUGA